AUGAAGUUUGUAGCAUUGGCUCUUUCUCUUGCCACUGUCGUUUCCACGGCCAGUGCCUACGCCAUCGAGGCCGACGGCGUCAACUGUCGCUCCGGGCCCUCGACCAGCGACAAGGUUGUACGAACAUACAACAAGGGCAACGACGUCAAGCUCGAGUGCCAGACGGCCGGACAAGCCAUCGACGGCGAUUCUCUCUGGGACAAGACCACGGACGGCUGCUACGUCGCAGACUACUACGUCAAGACGGGCACAACCAACAUGGUCACUGGCCAGUGUGGCGGCGGCGGCACCAUCAACGGCAAAAUCAGCCGUCAGGAAAUCAUUGCCCGUGGGCAGUAUUGGGUCUCCAGGCACGUCCCAUACUCCAUGGAGGCGACGUAUCCCGAUCAGCACGGCACCCGCUACAGAACCGACUGCUCUGGCUUCGUCACCAUGGCUCUUCACGCCACUCCUCCCGGCUACAACACCGUGAGCCUGCCCGAGAUCGCGAGGCCGAUUACGUGGGCUGAGCUUCAGCCCGGUGACUUAGUCGGCACGCUGGGGCCCGGGACCGGCGGUGCUGCCGGUCACGUCACCCUUUUCCACUCUUGGGCCGACGCGUCCAGGAACUCGUACAACACUCUGGAGUGCAGGGGGGGUACGGGCUGCGUUGCCUACAAGCGUCCUGUUGGCUGGACUGAUGGGCCUUAUACGGCGAAGCCUUAUCGGUAUAUUCGCGUUGAGUAG